CAUAGUUUUUUCGAGGGAGAUAACCAAAGGACAUCCAUGCUAACGUAAGCCCUACCCCCUUCUUUCCGCUAACCUAAGCCGCAGCGCGCAUUACCAAUCCAUCCCCCCACUCCACCAUGCCCGGAGGAUCCCUCAAAUUCAACGCAGUCGCUGCCUCCAUCUACAGCUCCCGAAAGCCUCUCAAUCGCCUCCGUCCCUUCUCACCCGCCGCCGUUAACUUCAGAUUCCCGGCGGUUUCGACGCGCGCCUGGUGGCGGUGGGUAAGGAUUCCGCAUCCCGCCGACGAUCGAUUCCCCCACCUCCAAUUUUGCCGCGCUGGAAAGCAUUCUCCUUAUAAUAUUGCUGCCGGGAGUAUCUCCGCCGCUCACAUGGGCUCCGACCCCGACAACAAGGGAGACGGAUGGUUGGAUGCCUCCGCGUCUCCGCCUCCCGCAAACCACCGCUGUCAAAAGCCCUCUCCGCGCCCACCUCAUUCUGCCAAACUGCUUACUCUGCCUACAAUUUUGACAAUUGGCCGGGUUGCCGCAGUUCCGCUUCUCGUAAGCACCUUCUAUGUGGAUAGCUGGUGGGGACCAUCGGCUACUACUGGUAUCUUCAUUGCCGCAGCAAUUACCGAUUGGCUUGAUGGGUAUAUUGCCCGUAAGCUGAAUUUGGGAACUGCAUUUGGUGCAUUUUUAGACCCAGUUGCUGAUAAGCUAAUGGUUGCUGCCACCUUGGUCUUAUUGUGUACCAGACCUUUGGAAGCCAGCUCUUUUGGACAAUUUCCGUGGCUAUUGGCUGUACCUUCAAUAGCUAUUAUUGGGAGGGAGAUUACAAUGUCUGCUGUGAGAGAAUGGGCAGCCUCUCAGGGCAGUAAGCUUACAGAGGCUGUUGCUGUGAAUAACUUGGGAAAGUGGAAGACUGCCACACAGAUGACUGCAUUAACCAUCCUCCUUGCCACAAGAGAUAGCAGCCUAGUUGAAGCAGGAAGCCUUGCAAGCUCUGGUGUGGUCUUGCUCUAUAUCUCAGCCUGGCUUGCGGUUUGGUCUCUAGUCGUGUACAUGAAAAAGAUUUGGAAAGUGUUGUUGCUAUAGUAGAGAGUCUCAAGCCCGCGUAUAUGCUUCAAUUCAAACUGCCAUAUCUCACUGCAGUUGUAUUGCCUCUGCCUGCACACAGGGGCUCUCUCUUCUUCGGUCCCUCGUCUGAAUCAUCGACAACUCACUUUCAACAGGGUGGGAGAUAUCCUUUGCUUGUACUGUGCAGGUAGUUGGGAAGCUAAAUAUUUUCUCUGCCUCCACACACCCACACACACACACAGUUCAUAAUCCUUAAGGGCAUUUAAUUUAAUUUAAUUUUUUACACCGAUUUAGAAAGUGUUUUGUACGUGUUAAUUUUGACUUUUUUUUUUUUUGUAUUUUUGGCAAGUUAUGUUACUCAUGUAACUCUGUACCCGACAUUGAAAGUUGACAUCUCAUUCAUCUUUG